AUUAUUUUGCCAAUACAACUGCAAAUACACAAGAAUGAAGUCGAGCGUGAAUCUGAGCACUGGCAAUGGCAAUGGAAGCAAUGGGAGCAGCAGCAGCAGUAGUAGUUCAGUGAAUGGCUCAUCCUCCGCUUCAACAAGUCUGCUCUUAGUCGCCAGCAUUCUAUGCAAUAUCAUCUGCUCGGUCGGCAUCGUGCUGGUCAACAAACGCAUCGCCGUGGCGGGAUUCGUCUACAUGACCUUCCUCACUGCGCUCCACUUUGCCGUUGCGUUCGGCGUCAUGACCGUCGUCGUCCGCCUGGGCGUCGUCGAGCACAAGUUUGUUCGCUUUGGCGCACUGUUCCCGGUGGUCGCCGGCUGCGUCGGAUCGGUCGUCGCGUCCAACUUUGCACUCGCCGUCAACUCGGUCACUACGUACCAGCUCGCCAAGCUCAUCACCAUCCCGUCCAUGCUCGCCAUUGAGUACAUGAUGAGCGGGAAGCUCCCAUCCAAGAAGAUUGCCGCCAUUCUGACCGUCAUGCUGAUUGCAGUCUCGUUCACGACCAGCCUCGACUUGAGCUUGACCCCCGCUGGUUGUGUGAUUGCCAUCGCCAUGGUUGCAUUCACAUCCAUUGGCCAGAUUGCAACGCAGCAGGUGCAGAAGCGGCAGGGCCUGAACGCCAUGCAGCUCUUGCACCAGACAUCGCCGUAUAACACGCUUGCCCUGCUCGUACUAGCGCCGUUCUUUGACGGAUCGUUGGUAACGUGGCUGUUUGCAGCUCCUGCUGCUGCCUCAACUGCCUCGACUGGCUCGUCCGAUUCCCCCGCUACAACCCAACCGGGCGUCGUGCCGCUGUGGGAGUUUCAACCAACCGGCGAGAUUGUCGGGCUCAUUUUGAUCUCGGCGCUGCUGUCCAUCGGUGUCAAUCUCACCAACUACUAUGUUGUUGCCCGCACAUCGCCCGUAACGUACCAAGUCCUGGGACACGUCAAGAACUGCCUGGUGCUGACGCUUGGUGUGAUUCUCUUUUCGCAGCAGCUUGUCGGCAUGCAAGUACUCGGCAUCAUUGUCGCCGUUGGCACUGCCAUCCUGUACUCUGAGACGCGCCGCAAGGAGGCCGAGCGAGCAAGUUCCGGCGGUAGCGGAAACGUGCCCGUUCUUCGCAUCCCCGCUGUUCGUCGCGAAUAGUAGUAGUAGUCGUAGUCGUAGCACAGCUCGCGAAUAAAUCAAAAAACCCCCCACCCCAUCGAUUCAUGCAUGCUUGCUUCAACUGUGCAUGCAUCAUGUGAUGUUCGAGGUGGCCCACCUGCCCGAGCAGUGCCAGUUCCUUGCAUCCCCUUGUUUCUCCUCGUCGAUCUACUACAGUACAGUACAAUGACUGGGCCUUCCAAUCGACAUUUCAUCCAUUGUUUCAUCCACCACGCAUCCCCCGCAUCCACCACCUGCUGAUGCACUGCAUUACUGUUCA